AUGUGGCAGAGCCCCCAGCACUUCCCGACAAGGUUUUUAUUGGUGGCAAAGACUGAGUGGGAGCGGGGAGAUACAAGGGAAUUGGGGAACUUCCCCGGAAGCAGCUACCAUACCGCUUCUGUUUCCACUGUCUGCUCAGCAGCGCAGACCUUGACAACUUCCUCCUGGUUCAAGGCCCCGGAAGCCUCCCCACAGCCGCCAUGCGGCCCCUGUUCUCGCUCUGGGAAAUGGAAGAAUAGGGCACUGGCCACCACCUGGCCAGUCCCACGAGAGCUACUCGCGCUGCCCUAUGAGAGGCCAGCUGUAGCUGGUCCCACGAGGCGCUACCUCGUGCUUUCUCUCGCCCAAUCUCCCCCAACUGAGUCUCAGGAUGUCUCCCGGAGCCCCAGCGGCCAUGGCUCCUGGCGCAUCCGCCUUACCGUGUCUUGCCACUCUUUACCAGGUUGUCCUAGAACCAGAAUUAAACAGGAUAAUAUAGACAGAAAACGAGAGAGAGAGAGAAAAGGCCGGGAGUCUCAGGGGCCCUGGGGGAUCCCGGUUGAGCCAGAUCUUGCUGAGGCCUCCAAGUCUUGUGCCACAGUCGCGAGUCCCCCAAAGGACACCAGGGAGUCGAAAACGAUGGAGCGAGCUCCCCCAGUGGGGAGCAGCGGCCACAGGGAACGAUGCAUCAGAAGCUGCUCAAGAGCGUGCGUGCAUUACAUCGAGCUGGGCAGCUACCAGUACUGGCCAGUGCUGGUGCUGCGCAUAGCACCAGCAGCCUCUGGGGAUGUGAAGCAGCUGGUUGGUGCCGUCGGCGGGUCUGUGACUUUCUCUCUUAAUCACUCAGUUGAGCGGGUUGGCAGCAUUGUCUGGAUCUUCCACACAACUCUGGCGACCUUACAGCCAGGAAAGGAAAACAAUUCAUCUACCAUCAUAGUGACUCAAACUCAUAAAAGACCCAGAAUGAGCUUCUCAAGUCAAGACUACUCUCUGACGCUCAGCAACCUGGAGAGGAACGACUCGGGUAUCUACUCUGUGGAAAUACACAGCUCUGACCGAAAUAAUCCGGCCAUCACUAAGUAUGUGCUGCAAGUUUACGAGUACCUAUCAAAGCCCAAAGUCACCAAUCUGCUGAACAAAAAGAAUGGCACAUGUAUGACCAAUCUGACAUGCUCUGUGGAAGAGGGAAGAGAAAAUGUGACUUACACCUGGAAGUCUGUAGGUCAUGCAGCCAGGGAGAUCUGGAACGGCUCCAUCCUCCCCCUCUCCUGGAGACAAGGGGACACCAACAUGACCUUCAUCUGCACAGUCAGAAACCCCAUCAGCAGCAAUUCUUCAACCCCAGUCUCUUCCUGGGAGCUCUGUGAAGGCACUGCUGCUGACACAGUUGCUCCCAUGGCUACCUUGUAUCUCAUAUUGAUGCCAAUACUGCUCAUCACUAUAAUGGGACUUGUUUGUAUUCUGAACAUAAAGAGAAGAAAAGAGUUCACUAAGGAGAAGAAGGAAAUAGAAUCCCAUCAAGAAACUCCUAACACCUGCUCCUCCUCUGGCCUGAACACACUGUAUGACACAAUCUCUUACCCUAAUGUAAGUCUUUUCUCAUCUCUCCCUGGACUCUCACAGUGUGAGCCAGGGAACUCUGAUGGCACAGAAUUCACCAGUAGUCCCAAGGGAGAAAGACUGGCAAUCUCCUCCUGUGGAGAGUACAACUUCUGGAAGGCCAACUAUGCGUUGGUUCCAACUCCACCGUAA